UAUUGUUAUCAUUCGACGACAGCCAAUCUGCGAAUCUGGACGAUCCGUAAAGAAAGCAAGAACCUUGAUGUGCACGACGUGUCUAUGGGUAAACUGCGGCGUUGCGUGCGCUGCAUCGCCGUCAACAAAGACGACGCCUAUGGCAUUGCGGGGACCACAACUGGCGACAUGAUAAAGUUUUCAAUCAACUACCCGUCGGACCCUGGCGAGUCGGUGAGCCACUGCAAGCCAGCGCUGAUAGGGUGCCUCGCUAAAUGUGGUCCUUGGAAGAAGGGCAAGCGUCCUGAGUCGCAAUGUUACAGCCAAGGCAUAGAAUCCAUUCUUAUUAUGGAUGACGGGUGUCUGAUUGUGGGAGCUGGUGACGGCACCAUCGACAUCCUGGACGAGAUCAACUGGAAAGGCGGCUUCCCCAAGGGCAAGAUCGUCAGUCCCAACCAACCGUACUUCAAAGCUCUAAAAACGUGCAAGCUGCUGGGCUGCAUAACGUCACUCGAGCUGUUGGAGUCUCCGCAUCUGCAAGGCGACAAGCGUCUGCUCCUUGCAGGCACUCGAACCAGUGAAAUCUACGCUAUCAACGUGGUCACAUUUACACCCUUGCUGGUGGUUACUUGCCAUCGGUGUGCUAUCAAUGAUAUUGCCUUUCCUAGGGGCAUGUCGGGUGUGUUCGCGACGGCGGGGGCAGGUGAUAUCCGCGUGUGGUGCCUCGAGACCUGCCAAGAGCUGCUGCGCAUCGCCGUGCCCAACUUCACCUGUGCCGCUUUGCUGUUCAGCGCCGACGGGAAGUCUAUCGUUUCGGCAUGGAACGACGGGUGCAUCCGCUCGUUUACACCCCUCACUGGGCGGCUCAUCUAUUGCAUCUACAACACACACAACAAAGGCACUUCGGCCAUUGGCAUGACCAAGGACGGGAAAACCCUCGUCUCUGGAGGCUGUGAAGGGCAGGUCCGAGUGUGGGAAAUAAAGCCACAGUAUCAGAACCUGAAGAAAGUGCUAAAGGAACAUAAGAGCCCCGUUUCAGCUAUACAGGUGUCGCCGAACGAUACGGAAGCCGUCAGCGCAGGGACAGACGGCUCGUGUAUUAUAUGGGAUUUAUUGUAAGUAAUAUAUUUAAAAU